AAAGCCAUGGCCUCAGCUGCAGUUGCCAAGAAGUUGAAGGAUGAAGCUACCUGCCCCAUCUGCCUGGAGCUCAUGACUGAGCCUGUGAUUAUUGACUGUGGCCACAUCUACUGCCGCGUGUGCAUAGUGGGCCUUACUGAGAACCAAAGCUCUGAAACAUCAUCUCCAGGGACAUUUCAUUGUCCCCAGUGUCGAGGACCCUUUAAAAGAGAUAGCAUCCGUUCCAACAAGAACCUGGAAAAUAUCAUUGAAACCAUCAAGGAGACAGAGCGUGAAAGGUUGUGUGAGAAACAUGGAGAGCAGCUCCACCUGUUCUGUGAGGAUGAUGGUCAGCUCAUCUGCUGGCGCUGUGAGCGGUCACCAGAGCACAAAGGACAUGUCACUGCUCUGGUUGAAGAUGCGUGCCAAGGCUACAGGGAACAGCUCCAGAAAGCAGUGACAAGAUUGAACAUCAUACUCAUCAAAUAUAUGCAGCUGAACCGAGACACAACUCGGAAAAUAAGUAGUUGGGAGGAGAAAAUUAAGCAUGAGGAACAAAGAAUCCAUUCUGAAUUUACGAAUCUUCACACAUUCCUGCACCAGGAGGAGGAGUUUUAUAUGUGUCAACUGAAGAAAGAAAAAGAGAAGAAACUGAGCAGUCUGCAGGAUAAUGUAGCCCAUCUGGACAACAAAAUGCAGGAACUCAAGGACUUCAUCCAGAUACUGGACAAGAAACGUCAGGGCUCAGUGCAGAAUUUGCUGCAGGAUAUAAAAGACACCUUAAACAGGAACUCAGCUAUCAAUCUGGAAAAACCAGAGGAUGUUUCUUUGAAGGUGCAUACUAUGUGCAAUGUCUCUGAGCUUUACUUUAACAUUCGAAAAAUUUUAAAGCGCUAUCAAGGCAAUGUGACUCUGGAUCCAGAUACUGCUCAUCUAGAUUUAUGUCUGUCUGCCAAUCAGAGAACAGUGGAUAACAGUGGAAGCAUAGAGAUGUAUGAAACUCCUGGAGGAUUUCGUCUCUUACCCUGUGUCCUGGGCCGUGAGCGCUUCACCUCAGGAAGACAUUACUUUGAAGUGGAGGUGCAAGUAGGAGUUGAGUGGGGUGUAGGCGUUUGUCUGGAAAAUGUGCCAAGGGACAUUGACAUUGUACGGAAGCCUCAGUCUGGGUUCUGGGCCAUCAGACUGAGUAAGCUCAAGAGCAAUUUAGCCUUUACUUCUCCCCCAACUGCCAUUCCUCUGGGGGACCAGCCUAAAGUUGUAGGGAUUAUUCUAGACUAUGAUGCUGGCCUUGUGUCCUUCUACAAUGCCAUUACUGGUUCCCACCUCUACACCUUCCCCAAGGCCUCCUUCUCUCAUGCUCUCAGACCUUAUUUUGAGGUUUAUCCAUUUUCUCCAUUGUCCCUGAUUUCCUCCAAUGUGUAA